AUGUGGCGAUACCACUCUCAGCCUCACCCCGCACAGAAAAGUGACCGAUUCAGCAUUUCUGUGUCCAGCCGCGUGUGCCCAGUCUCCGUACUCCGUGCGUCAUCUCCGUCCUCCAAACAUGAUAACUGCAAACAGCAGCUGACAUUUUCCAGAAGUCACUUGUCACCGGGGCCGGGAAACAUGGAUGUGGCCUGUACCAAAGCCCGAUGUCUGGGCUCCGUCAUGUUUCCAUCUCAGAUGAUGUGUCCUCAUCCGCAAGAACCAAAAAGUCCAGAACAGAUUCUGCCCAAGGCCAAAGACUUCAUCAACCAGUACUACAGCUCCAUCAAAAGGGCCCAGUCGAAGGCUCACAUGGAGCGUCUGAAGGAGGUUGAGCAGGACAUCACGUCCACAGGAACCUACCAACUCAAGGAGACUGAGCUGAUCUUUGGGGCCAAGCAAGCUUGGAGGAACGCGGCCCGCUGCGUGGGAAGGAUUCAGUGUUCGAAGCUCCAGGUGUUUGACGCCCGAGAUUGCAGGACCACCCAUGAGAUGUUCACCUACAUCUGCAACCACAUCAAGUACGCCACCAACAGGGGCAACAUCAGGUCCGCCAUCACGGUCUUCCCCCAGAGAAAAGAUGGGAGCUCGGAUUUCCGGAUAUGGAACAGCCAACUAAUGCGAUACGCGGGAUACAGACAGCAGGACGAGACGGUGGUGGGGGAUCCAAUCAACGUGGAGUUAACUGAGUACGCCCUACCCGCCGUCAGCAACCUCCUCCUGGAGAUCGGAGGUCUGGAGUUCUCGGCGGUGCCGUUCAAUGGCUGGUACAUGAGCACGGAGAUUGGGAUGCGGAACCUGUGUGACUCCUCCCGAUACAACGUAUCAGAGGUCAGGGGCCCCUACCAGGGGCCAGUCUGCUUUUCUAUGGACUUUAGGGGAAA